UUACAGAAAGCUUUGACGGGCAGUUCAAAUCAAUGAAAUUGAAAUUGACUUCGUUCUUUACAAAGUGCAAACUCUGUAUUAUAAGUGUUUGCCGGUGUCCGUCCAAUUUCUAUUAAAUAAUCAAAAGUAUAAUUUCGGUACAGUGAAAAAUGUCAGUUCAAACUGUUUUAUUAGAUUUCUCUAUUGAUCCUGCUCGUCUAGGGGAUGAAAGUGGACAGAAAACUGUAUUCAGCCUAUUGGAAACGGUGCUCAAGGAUUAUGUUCCUGGUCUCAUCUUAGUCGCCGAUAUUAAAAUAGAUGGUGGAUCGCUGAAACUCUUAACAGGAAAAAGGGGUACAUCGGUAACUGUGCGAUUAUUUGACCGUGGGCUCGUCACAGUGAAUAUUGAAUAUUAUAAAGAAGAUAACGAGGAACCACUAAUCAGUUUCAAGUCGGCGAAAUUAUUGGAAAAUCAGCUGAAAAAAUACAUCACAGUCAUAAAAUCGCAAGCAUUCCCUGCAAUAAAACGUUGCCUAUUUGGCAGAUAUUACUCCACAUCAGACGAAAGACUGCUUGAAUAUGACAUCGACGCAGUUGUUUUCGAAGAAACAUCGUCGUUCCAAAAGGUUCAAAUCGUACACUCAAAAUCUUUUGGUAACAUGCUGGUGCUAGAUGAUUUACAAAAUAUUUCAGAGGCUGACCUUAUUUAUACUGAAACUUUAAUGCAAAGAGGUAAAGAAAACUACGAAGGAAAGGAAAUUGUAAUAUUAGGUGGAGGCGACGGCGCGCUUUUGUACGAGCUUCUAAAAGAGAAUCCAAAGUAUGUGUGGAUGUUGGAAAUAGACGAUCUUGUCAUGAAAGCUUGUAAUAAACAUCUCAAGUCUAUUUGUGGCCAUGUCUUGGAGAGACGAAAGGGGCCUAAUUUUGAGAUAAUCGUCGAAGACUGCAUGGUGACAGUGAAAAAGUUUCUGAGCGAGAACAAGAAGGUCGACUACGUGUUCGGCGACCUCACCGACAUCCCCAUCUCGGAGGAGACGGACGGCGAGCUGUGGGAGUUCAUGAUCGGCGUGCUGCGCGCUGCCUUCGACAUUCUGCGGCCCGACGGCCGGUUCAUGACGCACGGAAAUGGUGCUACAUCUCCCGAAUCAUUAGAGAUGUAUGAACAAGUCUUGGUAAAAAUGAAGCCAGCGGUGACAUUCACAAAGUGCCAGGCGUUCGUUCCGUCAUUUUUGGAAGAUUGGAUUUUCUACCAAAUAGCCUUUAAAGACCAAAGUGGCGAUAAUUAACGACCAAAGAAUUAUAGUGUUCCUUUAAACUAAGCUAAGUCAUAAGUUCCAAAUCGUAGAAAUAGUAGCCCCUCAGUGCAAAUGUAGUUAUUAAGUCCUUAUAUUCGUCUCACUAAAUACAGCCCGUAACAUGGUUAAGAACACUCUCACUCUACAAAGACCAAUGAUAUGGGUUUUUUUUUAUAAAAUUCUAUAAAACCUAAAACGUUCAACUACAAUGGGAAAUUUCAUAAAUGCACAUAAAUUUAAUAAAAUUACUUUUGAUAUUCUUUUUAAUCAUAGAAGAUAUUGGUUUUCCAUUUGAGUGUUCCAAUAGGGUUAUCAUUAGAAAUAUGGAGUAUAUGAAAAUUAUUUAAUAAAAAUCAUUUAUUUGGAAAAAAUAAAAAAUAGACAAACUUGUUGACUUUUUAUAAAACUUAUUUUUUUUCUAUAUUCCCAGACAAAUGGGGCAAUUAUAAAUAUAUUUACCCAAGUAACUAAUUAUUAAAUAUUUUGCUUGCUACAUCGAGAACUGUUAUGUUGCAAUAUUGGUAAUCCUAUGUUGUAAUCGGGUUUUAAAGUGAGGCAAGUGCCUUCUAUAUCAGAAUGUAGAUUUAAUUAACACUGUUUUAUUAGUUUACCGAAUUUAGUUCAUUAAGAACAUUAAUCCUUCAUUAGUCGUAAAAGGAAAACAUCUCAAAAUAACUGUAUUUGAUGUAUUAUUUUAAACGGGUAUUCAUUUACGUUAAAUCAGACUUGUAUCAAAUACAAAGAAAAAAAAAACAGAAUCUUUAUUAGUAACAUGUCCAAAAUGUUAAAAAUCAAUUAAAUUGAUAAUUAUAUUAUUAAAUCUUUUGCAUCUAUAAUGGAGUAAAAUGUCUUUACUGCAA